AAGGAGGCCCUCGCUGUCGCCAUGCAGCCGCAUCCAACGCGCCUCGCAGUCAGCGUUUCGAAGCUUCCAACGCGGGUCCAGCUGAAGCGAUGGCGAGACGUUUCACCAUUCCACUGCGGCCGCGGCGUCACUUCCACAGCCCUGCGCCACCGGUGGAGCGCUGCGGCCCUUGCAGCUGCUGCGACAGCGGCAACGGCUGCGCGGAGCCGGGUGCACAGGCGUGCCGGCGCCGCAAUGGGCGCGUUGCGGGAUGCAACGUCCGAGGUCGACGUGGUGGUCAUCGGCAGUGGCAUUGGAGGACUUUGUGCAGGCUCCGUGCUGGCCAAAUACGGCAAGCGCGUGCUGGUCUGCGAAGCCCAUGGUACCGCGGGCGGCGCGGCGCAUGGUUUCAGGUGUAAGCUGCCCAAAGCAGGCGGCGAAUUUUUCUUCGACACGGGCCCCAGUUUUUUCAGCGGCCUCUCUGAUCCAGAUGGUGGCCGGAUCAACCCCUUGAAGGCGGUCUUUGAUCUACUGGAGGUGGAACUUCCUUGUCACCAGUAUCGUUCAUUCGGUUUAUGUCUUCCAGAAGGUGAUUUCACCCACACUCCAAACUUCGGAAGUGAAAUUCUGGCGCCCGUGUCCGGGAAAGCUGCAAAGAGAGAAUGGGACGGUCUACUGCAGGCAAUGAAACCUUUGGCUGCACUGGUGGAGGCCCUCCCCGUCCCAGCCCUACGCAGCGACCUCGGCGCGCUGCUGACGGCGGGCCGCUUCCUGCCGCGCUUCGCGAUGGCGGGGCCCUGGGGCGCCGCGCAGCUGACGGAUCCCUUCGCGGAGACGGUGAAAAGGGCUGGCCUCACGGAUCCCUUCGCGCGGAGAUGGCUGGACCUCUUGUGCUUCUGCCUCUCCGGUCUCCCCAGCGACGGCACGGUCACGGCCGAGAUGGCCAUGAUGUUCGGCGAAUUCUACAAGCCGUCGGCCAUCAUGGAUUAUCCUGUGGGUGGUGUGAAGAGCCUGGUGGAAGUCUUGGUGAAGGGUCUGGAGAAGUAUGGUGGUGAGCUUCGCCUUCGAUCUCCCGUCAAGGAGAUCCUGGUAGAGGAGGGCCGUGCAGUUGGCGUGCGCACUGCCAAGGGCGACAUCCGCGCGGCCACUGUGAUUUGCAACGUGAGCGCCUGGGAUAUGGCCAAGCUACUGCCCCCCGAGACGGCCGACAGUCGGUGGUGCCAAGAUCGAGCGCAGAUGCCACCAACCAAAUCCUUCAUGCACCUGCAUGUAGGCUUUGAUGCGACGGGUUUGGAUCUGGGCAAGUUGCAGCCGCACUAUAUUUGCUUGAAGGACUGGCAACGUGGCGUAGAGGCUGAAGAGAAUGCAGUGCUCAUCUCCAUACCUUCUGUGGAAGACUCCAGUUUGGCACCUGAAGGUUGUGGAGUUUUGCAUGCCUACACGCCUGCCACGGAGUCUUGGGACAGAUGGAAGAACUUGGACCGCAGGUCGGAGGAGUACAAGGUCUUGAAGGAACAACGUGCGGAAUACCUUUGGAAGCAGCUGGAAAGGCCAAUCCCCGACAUCCGGCAGCGCAGCAAGGUGCAUCUCAUUGGUACUCCUCUGACACAUCAACGCUUUCUACAUCGACACCAAGGUACGUAUGGCCCGCGAAUCAAGGCGGGCCAAGCGGAAUUUCCAGGUGCUGCGACGCCGCUGCCAGGGCUCCUGCUCUGCGGCGACUCGUGCUUCCCCGGCAUCGGCGUCCCGGCCGUGGCCGGCAGCGGGCUGCUGGCGGCGCACGCCGGGCUCGACACCCUGCCGGCGCAGCUCAAGGAGCUGGAGCGUCUCUUCAAAUGACGCGGGACAUCGGGAAUUCUUCGAUAGAUCGGCUGUUGGCGACCGAGCC